UAGAAAUUAGCAGUAUCACACACACAAACACACACACAAGAUAAUGCAUACAUUCUACAUACAUAUGUAUAUACGUACAAAUAAUCAAUAACUGCUGUAGCUGCUCCAGAGUUCAGAUGGCAGCGCGGCGUAGCACAGUAACACGCGUUGAAAUAAAGCCAAAAUAGAGAAACUAAAAGCUUCAUGUUGACAAUGCGUAAUUUUACAGACACAAGUGAAUAUAGUUUACCGGAUUGAAAAUGUGGGCGAAAUAUCUAAGAUGCAAUAAUGAACUAGUGAUAAGAAUAAUCGUUUAUUUUUAUGAUAAUAACAGAAGUGUGUUAUGAACGUGUAAUUUUAAAUAAUAUGUAUUGAUUAAAAUAUUUUAAGUCAAAAAGGUUUUAUAAUCAAUUGAUGAAAAUUAAACGAAAAAUUGAAGGAAAUGGAUCAACAAAAUGAUUGCACGAUUCAGAGAGGGCAACCAUUGCGUCGCUAUCCAAAUGACUACAAAGCGGAAGGACAUUCGUCUACCUUAAGUAAAACAAUGACGAAUCAACCGCAGUAUUCGAAUACGGGAAGGCCCACUGUACGCAUUGCCGUUUAUUUAAUGACGGGAGUGUUCUUAACAAUGGAAGUUGAACAAAACGCAACUGCACAGCAGAUUUUCACGAUAGUGCAGUCGGAAGCGGAGCUGGGUCUAUCGAGAUUCUCCUUGGCAACCACCACGCCAAUUUUUGCACUGUGGAUGUGUUCUUCGCAGCUGGAAGUUCAAUUACGUCCAACACACAAGCCCGUGGAAUUGGCUGCGAAAUGGAAUUAUCUUGUAACCAAGUAUACCUGUCAUAUAGAAGACCCCGACGACGAGGAACCUUUGUUAUAUUUUCGUAGAAAUAUAUUUCUCACCAAGUCGGAGGAAGAACAGAUCAAGGAUACCAAGGUCCUUGAACUGCUCUAUGCAGAAGCCAAGUACAAUGUUCUGCAAGGACGGUACGCGUGUGAUGGUCCUGCACGUUACGCUAGUUUAGGAGCGUUACAGGCCCGAAUCGAGCUUGGGCCUUAUAACGCGCAAACCCACACCCUGGCGUUUUUCCACAGACAUCGCGGCCGAUUUUUACCGCAUUAUUACGCUUCUCCCAGUCUUCUAUUAGGAUUGGGACUCGGAUUGGGACUGGUGGGUGGCAAGGGAGCACCCGAGGCGCACCUUCUGGAGCAAUACAAGCGAAUACCCAGUCACAAUGGUAGCGCCAACGCAAAUCCCAAGAAAUUGAUCAGAAAGUAUCUCGAGUUCUGUUGGAACUUACCGUGCUACGGCGCGGCCUUCUUUCAAGGGCAAAUCGAACGACCCGUUAGGGGACUCGCAUCCUGGAUCACUAAUCGCGAUAUGCAGGUCCUCAUCGCGAUCAAUACGUCGGGGGUGUACAUAGUGGAUGACAUGCAAUGCAGCUUGCUAUUAGGGCUAAAAUACUCGGAAUUAAGCUGGGAAAUGGCGAAACCCUCGGAUGAGAAUAAUCCGGAUUGUCUACCUUGCUUGUUCGUGCAAUUUCCGGUACGAGAGAACGGAGCGCGUGUCUACAAGAUUCUGCAAGUAUUCUCAAGACAAGCGCCAAUGAUGGACACUUUAAUAUCCGGCUUUGCGGAGGACUAUCGCCGUCAAUUUAUUAACAGCGAUAGCAGCAACGAUCAGUUGGAUCAUCCGCUAGUUUUCCCUAGUGGAAGCUUCACAAAUAAACUUAGCAAAUUCACGCUGGCCACUUUUGACGAUGAAGGUCGAUGCAUUGGUCAAAUGGGGUCGUGGUCCUUUCGAUAAAUACAUUGUGAUUGUACAUUUUGUGAUGCCAAUAUACUCUCUGAUGAUA